AUGGAGGAGCCUGACGGAGCCGGAGGAACGGAGGGACGAGGCGCAGCCAGAGGAGUGGAGUCCCAAGGCGCAGGAUGGUCAACGCCAGACCAAGGUGGAGCCGGAGGGAUGAGGGAGCCCGGUGGAGCCAGUGGACAGAUGGGCUACGGCAGCGAGGAGGAAGCUAGGAGCCAUGGUGGAGCCGACGGGUCGACGGGCCGAGGUGGAGUCCGGACCACAGAGGCUGGAGACAGAGGUGAGGGAUACUCCAGCCCAGGCGAUGCUGGAGGAUGGCAGUCCUGGCUGAACUCAGGAAUGGGAGCUGACACUGGAGUGUACUUUCAAGGAGCAGGCACUGGAGAGCACACCGGAGGGCGCACUGGAGGCACAGGCUCUGGAGGACGCUUUUGUGGAGCGGGCACUGGAGGGCGCUCUGGAGGAGCGGAGCUGGACGGGAUCAGUGGAGGCGAAGGAGACUCAGGAGACGAAGACAGGGAUUAA